CAAAUCCCAAAACCAUGUCUAUAUCCCAGGAGAACAGCUAUGUCCCUAUAGUUAUUAUGAUCCUCUGCACCCUUUCGAUCUUAUACUUUCUCAAUACCGGAUCAGCUGUCUAAUUGGCCUGAUCUCCUACCCCAUUCAAGAUGAUAGCAGCAAGCAUGGACACCCGGCAGCGCUGGCUAGACGGACUUCGCGGUAUCGCAGCAGCGAUAGUGACCUGGUUCCAUUUCACUGUUGGCGAAAUGCAUAUCCCCUACCGCGGCUUCACCGAUACGCCUGCUGAAGAAAACCGGCACUUGAUUCAACUCCCCCCAUUCCGCACGCUUUUCGCAGGGACGGCUAUGGUCCCCCUGUUUUUCGUUAUCUCAGGAUACUCGGUGCCUCUAGCGAUCAUCCGGCUGCGCGGCCAAAAUCACAACGCCGACUGCUACCGCAAGCUCACAUCUUCUGCCCUCCGUCGGGGAUUUCGCCUGUAUUUUCCUGUUCUCUUUAUCUGUGUCAUAUCCCAGCUACUUUUCUUUGCUGGCGCCUACUCCUCUUGGCGCUUUCCCGAGACCGAAGGCUGUCCUGGUGCUGAACCGUGGUCCUCAAUCUGGCCGCAUCUGAAAUGCCUUUCGUUGAGUCUUGUAAGUGCCCUUGGACUUGUUCCUAUCGGCGGCACCCAGGGGCUGAACUCACAACUCUGGACGAUGCUUGUCGAACUUCAUGGGUCUUUUUUAUUGUACCUCACCAUCCUUGCCUUACUAUCUGCUACCCCCCGAGCUCGCCUCGCAACAAUAGGAGUACUGAACUUUGUAUUGUUCUGGUUUGGGUUCCACGAGUUCUUAUGUUUCUUCUCUGGGUUGUUAUUCGCAGAGCUCGACUUGGUCAACUACAUGUCAAUAAACCUCCUGCCUCCAGUUACGCACAAGUCCAGCUCUAGGCGGUCCAAGCUGUUCCUUAUUGCAGUACUCGCUAUUCUCGCCGUCGGGAUCUACCUCAUCUCCAUGCCCCUCAGGGUAGAUCAUUACGACGAGUACUGGUAUUCAUCCGAAAUCAGCAUUCUCCCCUUCUGGAACUACCCCGUCAAACGGAUCAACAGCUGGUACUCGGUCGGCGCAGUGCUCACCGUCUUCGCAAUAAGACAUCUCCCUUUAAUCAGGAAAGUGCUCGAAUCGCCUAUCCCCCAGUUCGCUGGUGAGAUCUCGUUUUCGUUGUAUCUGAUUCACCAGACGUUUAUCCGCAUCUUGCGCAAUCUUAUUCUGGAGACCGUUUGUCGGACACUGUGGGGGAAGGGCUUUGCGGCGACCAGGGAUGAUGAAGCUGGUAGCCAUGUCUAUUAUUUGUCCUGGAUGGUCGCGGUGGGCGUGGUCGGUCCGUUGCUUGUUGUUACGGCGGUCCUGAUGACGAGGACCGUUGACCGGCGGUCUAUUGCAUUGGCCUAUAAGUUAGAAGAGAAGAUGUGUCGUCAGUGA